AUGGCGGCGUCCUCCACAGCGACUGCCGGAGCUCUCAUGGCUCCUACACUGCCACCCGGCAAAGCCCCCAGGCCCUCUUCCUCUAGUACCUUUGCUGUGUCCCAGCUCGAGGAUCGGGCCACCUCCGCCCUUCUGGCGACCAGCUCACGGGUGUCACCGUACGUGGAGGGUGGAGGGAUUCCCGCGCAGCCUGGCACUGGAGCGGCCUGGCAAUGGCGUCCGUCAGUGCCUGGUGGAGCGCAGUGUCCCUGGAUCGAAAUGGCAGACCAUCCCCGCUACAGCUGCCAUCCACUGCACCGCCAAGUCCUCGCAGCCCGGCCACCUGCCCUACCCCGGUUACAGGAGCCAUACAACCCCCGCCGCUGCCACCACCCCUACAACAGACCGUCGGCUGACCCUUCCGGCCACACUCCAGCAAGGACCCCCCCACCUACGCCGCUGUUUGCCCCCACCACCUUGAUCAUCGCUGACAGUAUUGCAUGA